UAAUAAAAUACAAAUUUGAUUGUAAUCCAUUCAAGAUUUCAUCGAACAAUGAAUGUUGAAUUCUUUUGCAACAUUUUUGAAAUAAAGCUGUGCCAAAUCCCGAAGGUAUUUCCCCGGCCUUGAUCUCGGCAAGAUGUAAGAGUAUGAAAAGUUCAGUUCAAAAGUUCACCCGAACUUAACCAUUCCUUAUUUGCUAUAAAUAUGUAUAUGAGUAAUUAAUGCCUUAUAACAUAAGCAACAACAACGAAGCGACCGAUCUAUUGUGAAAGGGUCGAGUAGGGAUGCUAAUUUAUUUAUAUAGAAAUUUAGAGAUAUAUUGCAUAAUGCAUUUCAAAUUUUGCUAAUAAUUAAAAAAAGUGAAACUACCACUAUUUUGUUAAACUUACUACUAUCUAUAAAGUUUCUUUUUUUAUGUGUAAAUUACUUUUCUAUUUGAUUCAAUCUAUUUGCCAUUUAAUGUGACUAUUUUAUGGGUUAAAUAAACCGUUUGAAACCUUACUGCAUUUACACAAAAUUGAUGAUUUGUUGUCUUUCAGUAUUUCUUCAGUAAUCAUUUCGAACAUUCGUUUUUGUGUGUUUUAUAGUGAACAGGAAAUUUAUUGUUGAAUUAUGAAAUUAUUUGUGCGCAGUUUAGUUGAAACUUCAGAUGAUGAAGAAGAUGAAGAAGUGAGUGAGGACGGAUCCCAAGAUGAUUCGGAUGAAGGUGAAGCUGAAGACGAUACUGAUGAAUCAAAUGAAGAUGAGCACGCUUCAGACAAUACUGACAUUGAGAAAGACUCUGGAGCAGAGAAUACAGCAGGGAAGCAGACGAUUAAAAAUGCAGGCAACUCUGAAGCAUCCUCAAGUAGUGAGGUCGAUACUUUAUUCAAAGGUGUUAAUGCUAUACAGAAAAUCUAUGGUAUAAAAGAAGAGCAACCAAUGAAAGGUCCGAAAUUCAAUGUAGCCAAGUCUCCAAGCAAGACGAAGCCUAUGGCGAAUGGCGUAAGUUUGCCCGCGCGCCUCAAAAAUGUCAGUACCGAGAUCAUGGUUCUUGCUGCAAUACGAAGUCUAAACGAGCGUGGCGGUUCCUCGGCCAUUGCCAUAAAAAAAUACGUGAUGAACAAUUAUCCCCAGUUAGACGGACCACGGACAUUGAAACUAAUUAAGAACUAUAUUAAGAAAGCUUUGGUUAGUGGAAAGCUGGUACAAUCAAAGGGUACUGGGUUGGGUGGUUCAUUUAAGGUGUCCCCAGGUACAAAUCGCUUGGAAGAGCAAAAAGAGCGACAGAAUCGGAAAAAGUUAGUUAAAAAACCUAAAAGGGAUCAAGUAGCUGCUGACCCAGUAAAGAAACAAUCCAAAGCGGCAGCAAAAAAAAUCGAAAAAGGAGAGAUAAAAUCAGCAAAAGUGACAAAGAACGCAAAAGCCAAAGGUUCCAAAAGUGCGAUAAAAUUGAAAGACGGAAGUGAAUCAGCUACGAAGAUGCCAAAAAUAUCCGCUGCCCUAAAAGCAACCGAUCCACAACCCGCGAAGAAAACGGCAAAGGCGAAAGAAGCACCUCUUGCUAAUGGUAACCCGGGGAAAAAAACCAAAGGGGCCAAACAAAACAAAACUGAAAACGUGGAUUCUACCAGCAAAGAAACAAGCAAAAAUAAUAAUCCGGUAGCUCCCAACUCGGCGACUGCUGUAACGAAAGAUGAGAAGGGGAAAACAGCAUCGGCAUCGAAAAAGAGAGAAACCGGCAAAGGUAAAACUACUGCUAUGGAAAAUAUCGAAACGGGCUCGGGAGACGCAGAUGCCGUGAAGCCCAACAAGAAGACCACAGCAAAGAAAGUCAAGGCAAAAUAACAACUGUACAAAGCGAAGGGUAUGCUUAUAAUUUUCACGGUUUCUUCUGGAGAUAAUUAAGUAUCUAUUAUGUAGUUUUGAUAUCAUAUCUUAUGUGAAUGGUUACACUAUUGAAGUUUUACAAUAAACACUCCAUUUUGAUGAGAGUUUUAUUGGAUAUUAAUUAAUAAAUAUAAUAAUAAUAUGCAUGAA